AUGACGAUCCUGUCGGACAUUAGAGUGGAGUAUGUAGAGCAAGUAGCCUCCAUGCUUCUCAAGUUCAAGCCGGACAAGUGGAGCAAGAUGCUCGGAGCCGAGGAGAAUGUGGCCUUGUUCACAGAGUUCUUGGAGAAGCCGGACGUGACCAUCCUGGUGCUGACACUCAACCCCGCCGGCGCACUCCUACCCUGCCUGGGCUUCCCGGCCACCCUCAAGUCCAAAGGGGUUUACUUCAUCAAGACGAGGCCUGAGCAAAUCACCAAAGACAGCUACAAGUCCCAGCUCUUCUACGGGGACAUCAGCCCUGCACCCGUGGACCAGCUGAUCGCCGUGGUGGAGGAGGUCCUCUACUCUCUGUUCAACCAAACGGAGAACAUGAGUGGCUGGCCCCGGGUGGUGUCAGAAGACAUUGUGAGACAAGUGCACAAGCUGAAGAAUGAAAUGUACGUGAUGGGGGGCAAGAUCAAAGGGAAAAUGCUCCUGCCCAUCCCAGAACACCUGGGGAGUCUGGAUGGCACCCUGGAGUCCAUGGAGAGGAUCCCCCAUUCCCUGGACAACUCGCUGCUGCAUGCCAUUGAAACCAUCAUCAUCGACUGGUCCCACCAAAUCAGGGACGUGCUGAGCAAAGACUCGGCCCAGGCCCUGCUAGACGGGCUGCACCCCUUGCCUCGGGUCGAGUUUGAGUUCUGGGACACCAGGCUGAUGAACCUCAAGUGCAUCCAUGAGCAGCUGAACAGACCCAAAGUGAACAGAAUAGUUGAGAUCCUGGAAAAAGCCAAAAGCUGCUACUGGCCAGCCCUGCAGAACGUGUACACAGAUGUCACCGAAGGGCUGAAGGAAGCAAACGAUAUUGUUCUGUAUUUGAAGCCCCUGCGGACCCUGCUGGAGGAGAUGGAACAGGCCGACUUCACCAUGCUGCCGACCUUCAUCGCCAAGGUCUUGUACACCAUCUGCUUCAUCUGGGCCAACUCCGAGCACUACAACACGCCCUCCAGGAUUAUCGUCAUCCUGCAGGAGUUCUGCAACCAAAUCAUCGAGAUGACCCGAACUUUCCUGAGCCCGGAAGAAGUGCUGAAAGGCCUGCAAGGAGAAAUAGAGGAAGUUCUCAGCGGCAUUUCUCUGUCCGUGAACGUUCUGAAGUCGCUCCACCGGACUUACGAUUUUUGCUGCACAAACAUGAAGCUUUUCUUUAAGGAAAAAGAGCCUGUUCCUUGGGAAUUCCCUUCCUCGCUUGCAUUUUCCAGGAUGAAUUCCUUUUUCCAUCGUAUCCAAACCAUCGAGGAUCUCUAUAAAACUGCCAUCGAAUUCCUGAAACUAGAGAAAAUUGAGCUCGGGGGAGUGCGGGGGAACAUCUUGGGAAACCAGGUGACGCAGAUCUACGACGAGGUCUUCGAGCUGGUGAAGGUGUUUGCUGACUGCAAGUACGACCCCCUGGACCCCGGAGACUCGGGUUUUGAUGACGAUUAUGCUGAUUUUGAGACCAAAAUCCAAGAUCUGGACAGGAGGUUGGCCACGGUCUUCUGCCAGGGGUUUGACGACUGCAGUUCCAUUGAGUCCUGUUCAAAGCUCCUGCACAUGUGCGGAGGGCUCCUGGAGCGGCCUCUGAUCCUCUCUGAGGUGGUGCCCAGGUACUCGGUCAUGCUGGAGCUGUUUGACGUGGAGCUGGACAACACCAAGGUCUUGUACGAUGCCCAGAUGGCGGCCUCUGCAGAAGGAAACAUCCCCCCGAUCCACAAGAACAUGCCCCCGGUGGCCGGGCAGCUCAAGUGGAGCCUGGAGCUGCAGGCGAGGCUGGAGGCACCCUGGAAGGACCUGAAGCACAUCGAGCACCCGGUCAUGUCCAGCAUGGAGGCCAAGCUCAUCUACCAGAAGUACGACGAGAUGAUGGCGCUGCUGAAAAGCUGCCGGGAGAAGACCUACCUAGAGUGGGUGGCACGUGUGGACCGGGACUGCCACUUCAAUCUGGGGCAGCCGCUGAUACAGCGAGACCCCCUCACGAACCUCAUCCAGGUCAACUUCAGCAAAGCGUUGGUGGCAGUUCUGCGAGAGGUCAAGUAUUUGAACUUUCAGCAACAAAAAGAGAUGCCAGACAGUGCAGAGAGCUUGUUCUCACAGAAUGAAACCUUCCGGAAGUUUGUGGGCAACUUGGAACUCAUCGUGGGUUGGUAUAAUGAGAUAAAGACCACAGUGGUGGAGGUGGAGUUUCCACUGAUCAAGGCAGAACUGGAAGCAAUCGAUGUCAAGUUAUUGGCCUCUGAAACGACGUUGUUUUGGAAUAGCAAAGAUGUGUUUGAAUAUAUCCAAGAAAUGCGAGAAAUUCUACAUGACUUGCAGACCAGGAUGCAAAAAGCCAAGCAAAAUAUAGAUGCGAUUUCCCAGGCUAUGAUGGAUUGGUCGACCCACCCAAUGUUCGAAAGAAAGGACAGCAAGAAAGAGGCCCUCCUGGACUUGGAUGGAAGGACAAUGACUCUCAACAGGCGCUACACGGUGGUCAAGGAUGCGGGUCUGAAGAUCCAAGCCAUGGUUGCGGAAAAUGCAGAACUAUUUAAAGCUGAUACACAGAGCCCGUCCUGGAAGGAUUAUGUCAACUAUAUUGACAACAUGGUCUUUGAUGAAUUUGACCAGUUUAUUCGCAAAUCCUUAAAUUAUCUAAUGGACAACAUGGCUAUGGAUGGCAGUGUCGCACCACUCUUUGAGGUCCGCAUGGAGCUGGAUGACGACGGGCUGACCUUCUACCCGUCCCUGGAGGUGGGCUCGGACCAAGGCUUCCUCGCGCUCAUUGAGAGCCUGAUCACCGACAUCUACAACACAGCCAAGCUCAUCCCCCGCCUGGCCAAGGGCAGGAUGAACUACAAGACAGACCUGGAGGACGUGACGGACCUGAUAGAAAUGGGGGAGGAGUUGUCCAACCAGGUCAUCAGCGCCAUGAAGACGGCCGAGGAGUACCAGGACUCCUUCGAGCACUACUCCUACCUGUGGACGGACGACCUCCAGGAGUUCAUGAGGAACUUCCUCACCUACGGGCGCGCCGUCACCCCGGAGGACUUGGAGGCUCGGGCGGACGAGACCCUCCCCAAGACGCCGCCCACCCUGGCCCAGUUCCAGCAGCAGAUCGACUCCUACGAGAGGCUGUACGAGGAGGUGUCCAAGUGCGAGAACACGAAGGUGUUCCACGGCUGGCUGCAGUGCGACUGCCGCCCCUUCAAGCAGGCCCUGCUCAACACCAUCAAGCGCUGGAGUUUCAUGUUCAAGCGGCACCUGAGCGAUCACGUCAUCCACAGCCUCGCUGACCUGGAGGACUUCAUGAAAGUCGCCAAGACGGGCUUAACGAUGCCCCUCAAGGAAGGGGAUUACGACGGUCUCGUGGAGGUCAUGGGGCACUUGAUGAAGGUCAAGGAGAGGCAGGCGACAACCGACACCAUGUUUGAGCCCCUGAAGCAGACCAUUGAGCUGCUGAAGACAUAUGGUGAGGAGAUGCCUGAGGAAACGCACACGAAAUUGCAGGAGCUGCCGGAGCAGUGGACCAACACCAAGAAGCUGGCCAUCCAGGUGAAGCAGAACGUGGCCCCCCUGCAGGCCAACGAGGUCAGCAUCCUGAGGCGCAAGUGCCAGCAGUUCGAGCUCAGGCAGUACGAGUUUAGAGAGAAGUUCAGACAGGAGGCCCCGUUCUCCUUCAGUGACCCCGACCCCUACAAGUCCCUGAGUAAGGAACAGAAGAGCAUCGCAACCAUGGAGUCCAUCAUGGGGGCCCUGUCCAAGUCGGGGAGCCUGUUUGAGGUCACGGUCCCCGACUACAAGCAGCUCAAGGCCUGCCACAGGGAGGUCCACCUGCUGAAGGAGCUCUGGGACACGAUCGUCAUGGUAAACACCAGCAUUGACGACUGGAAGACAACUAAAUGGAAAGAUAUUAAUGUCGAGCAGAUGGACAUAGAUUGUAAGAAAUUUGCCAAAGACGUGCGGUCUUUGGACAAAGAGAUGAAAACGUGGGAUGCCUUUGUGGGUCUUGACAACACUGUGAAAAACAUGAUCAUGUCUCUGCGUGCUGUGAGCGAGCUGCAGAACCCCGCCAUCCGCGACCGGCACUGGCAGCAGCUCAUGGUGGCCACCCAGGUGAAGUUUGAAAUGUCUGACGAGACAACCCUGGCAGAUUUACUCCUGCUGAAUCUGCACAAAUACGAGGAUGAGGUCCGCAACAUCGUGGACAAGGCCGUGAAAGAGUCCGGGAUGGAAAAGGUGCUGAGAGCCCUGGACAGCACCUGGUCCACGAUGGAGUUUGAGCACGAGCCGCACCCGCGCACGGGCACCAUGAUGCUCAAGUCGGACGAGGUGCUGGUGGAGACGCUGGAGGACAACCAGGUGCAGCUGCAGAACCUGAUGAUGUCCAAGUACCUGUCCCACUUCCUGAAGGAGGUGACAAGCUGGCAGCAGAAGCUGUCCACAGCGGACUCAGUCAUCUCCAUCUGGUUUGAGGUCCAGAGGACCUGGAGCCACCUGGAGAGCAUCUUCAUCGGCUCCGAAGACAUCCGCGCCCAGCUGCCCGAGGACUCCCAAUGCUUUGACACCAUCGACCUGGAAUUCAAGGCCUUGAUGGAAGACGCAGUGAAGACGCCGAAUGUGGUGGAAGCCACCAACAAACCGGGGCUCUACGAUAAACUCGAGGCCCUGAAGAAGAGUCUGGCAGUGUGCGAAAAGGCUUUGGCGGAAUAUCUGGAGACAAAGAGGCUGGCUUUCCCAAGGUUCUACUUUGUCUCCUCGGCCGACCUGCUGGACAUUCUCUCCAAUGGCAAUGACCCCGUGGAGGUUGGCCGCCACCUGUCCAAGCUCUUUGACAGCCUGUGCAAGCUCAAGUUCCGGCUCGACCCCCAAGGGAAACCUCUCAAGGUCGGCCUGGGGAUGUACAGUAAGGAGGACGAGUACGUGGACUUCGAUGAGGAAUGCGACCUCUCGGGGCAGGUGGAGGUUUGGCUGAACCGCGUGCUGGACCGAAUGUGCGCCACGCUCCGGCACGAGAUCCCCGAAGCCGUGGUGAGCUACGAGGAGAAGCCGCGGGAGCAGUGGAUCUUUGAUUACCCAGCUCAGAUCGCCCUCACGUGCACGCAGAUCUGGUGGACGACGGAGGUGGGCCUGGCCUUCGCCAGGCUGGAGGAGGGCUACGAGAACGCCAUCAAGGACUACAACAAGAAGCAGAUCAGCCAGCUGAACGCGCUCAUCACGCUGCUCAUCGGAAACCUCAACGCGGGCGACCGCAUGAAGAUCAUGACCAUUUGCACCAUAGACGUGCACGCACGCGAUGUCGUGGCCAAAAUGAUCGCCGCGAAGGUAGAAAGUUCUCAGGCCUUCACCUGGCAGUCCCAGCUCCGGCACCGCUGGGAUGAGGAAAAGAAGCACUGCUUCGCCAACAUCUGCGACGCCCAAAUCCGGUACUCCUAUGAGUACCUGGGCAACACGCCGCGCCUCGUCAUCACGCCGCUCACCGACAGGUGCUACAUAACCCUGACGCAGUCCCUGCACCUGAUCAUGGGUGGGGCACCCGCUGGCCCUGCUGGGACAGGCAAGACGGAGACCACCAAGGACCUGGGCAGGGCGCUGGGCACCAUGGUGUACGUCUUCAACUGCUCUGAGCAGAUGGACUACAAGUCCUGUGGAAACAUCUACAAGGGCCUGGCCCAGACGGGAGCCUGGGGCUGCUUUGACGAGUUUAACCGCAUCUCGGUGGAGGUCCUCUCUGUGAUCGCCGUGCAGGUAAAAUGUGUCCAAGAUGCUAUUCGGGCCAAGAAGAAGAUGUUCAAUUUCCUCGGAGAGAUGAUAAGCCUCAUCCCCACGGUGGGGCUCUUUAUCACCAUGAACCCCGGUUAUGCUGGGCGCACAGAGCUGCCCGAGAACCUAAAGGCCUUGUUCAGGCCCUGUGCCAUGGUGGUCCCCGACUUUGAGCUGAUCUGUGAGAUCAUGCUGGUGGCCGAGGGCUUUCUGGACGCCCGCCUGCUGGCCAGGAAGUUCAUCACGCUCUAUACCCUGUGCAAGGAGCUGCUCUCGAAGCAGGACCACUACGACUGGGGGCUGCGGGCCAUCAAGUCGGUGCUGGUGGUGGCCGGUUCCCUGAAGAGGGGGGACCCGAGCCGGGCGGAGGACCAGGUGCUCAUGAGGGCCCUCCGGGACUUCAACAUCCCCAAGAUCGUCACUGACGACCUGCCCGUGUUCAUGGGCCUGAUCGGGGACCUCUUUCCAGCCCUGGACGUGCCUCGGAAGCGAGACCUGAAUUUUGAAAAGAUCAUCAAGCAGAGCAUCCUCGAGCUCAAGCUGCAGGCAGAAGACAGCUUCGUGCUCAAGGUCGUGCAGCUGGAGGAGCUGCUGCAAGUGCGGCACUCGGUGUUUGUCAUCGGGAACGCGGGCAGCGGCAAGUCCCAGGUCCUCAGGUCCCUCAACAAGACCUACCAGAGCCUGAAGCGGAGGCCCGUGGCCGUGGACCUGGACCCCAAGGCCGUCACCUGCGACGAGCUCUUCGGCAUCAUCAACCCGGCCACGCGGGAGUGGAAGGACGGCCUCUUCUCCACCAUCAUGCGGGACCUGGCCAACAUCACUCACGACGGCCCCAAGUGGAUCGUCCUGGACGGGGACAUAGACCCCAUGUGGAUCGAAUCUCUCAACACCGUCAUGGAUGACAACAAGGUGCUCACCCUGGCCAGCAACGAGCGCAUCCCCCUGAACCGCACCAUGCGGCUGGUGUUCGAGAUCAGCCACCUGAGGACGGCCACCCCCGCCACCGUGUCCAGGGCGGGCAUCCUCUACAUCAACCCCGCGGACCUGGGCUGGAACCCGGUGGUGAGCAGCUGGAUCGAGAGACGCAAGGUGCAGUCGGAGAAGGCCAACCUCAUGAUCCUCUUCGACAAGUACCUGCCCACCUGCCUGGACAAGCUGCGCUUCGGCUUCAAGAAGAUCACGCCGGUGCCCGAGAUCACGGUCAUCCAGACGAUCCUCUACCUGCUCGAGUGCCUGCUCACCGAGAGGAGCGCGCCGCCCGACUCCCCCAAGGAGCUCUACGAGCUCUACUUCGUGUUUGCCUGCUUCUGGGCCUUCGGGGGUGCCAUGUUCCAAGACCAGCUUGUGGAUUAUCGCGUCGAGUUCAGCAAAUGGUGGAUCAACGAAUUUAAAACCAUCAAGUUCCCCUCGCAGGGAACCAUUUUUGACUACUACAUAGACCCAGAUACAAAGAAGUUCAUGCCCUGGACAGAUAAAGUGCCCUCCUUUGAGCUGGACCCCGACAUCCCGCUGCAGGCCUCCUUGGUCCACACCACCGAGACCAUCCGCAUCCGCUACUUCAUGGACCUGCUCAUGGAGAAGUCGUGGCCGGUGAUGCUGGUGGGGAACGCGGGGACGGGCAAGUCGGUGCUGAUGGGGGACAAGCUGGAGAACCUGGACACGGAUGACUACAUGGUGCAGUCCGUGCCCUUCAACUUCUACACCACCUCGGCCAUGCUGCAGGGGGUUCUGGAGAAGCCGCUAGAGAAGAAAUCAGGGCGGAACUACGGGCCCCCCGGCACCAAGAAGCUGAUCUACUUCAUCGACGACAUGAACAUGCCCGAGGUGGACAAGUAUGGGACGGUGGCCCCCCACACCCUCAUCCGGCAGCACAUGGACCACGGGCACUGGUACGACCGGCAGAAGCUGACGCUGAAGGACAUCCACAACUGUCAGUACGUGGCCUGCAUGAACCCCACUUCCGGAUCCUUCACCAUUGACCCCCGGCUUCAGCGCCACUUCUGCGUAUUUGCCGUGAGCUUCCCGGGCCAGGAGGCCCUCGUGACCAUCUACAGCUCCAUCCUGGCCCAGCACCUGGCCUACCGCUCCGCCCCCACGUCCGUGCAGAAGACGAGCAGCCAGCUGGUGGCCUCCGCCCUGGCCCUGCAUCAGAAAGUCACAGCAACAUUUCUUCCCACGGCCAUUAAGUUUCAUUAUGUCUUCAACCUCAGGGACCUCUCCAACAUUUUCCAGGGACUCCUGUUUUCCACAGGUGAGAUCCUGAAAAGCCCAUUUGACCUUGUCCGCCUCUGGCUGCAUGAAGCUGAACGCGUGUACGGCGACAAAAUGAUUGAUGAGAAAGACCAGGACACAUUGCGCAGAGUGACCAUUGCCUCCACCAAGAAGUUCUUUGACGAUCUUGGUGAUGAACUCUUAUUUGCCAAACCAAAUAUCUUCUGCCACUUUGUCCAAGGGAUUGGCGAUCCCAAAUACUCCCCUGUAACUGAUGGGGCUCAGCUGAAUAAGCUCCUGGUGGACGCCCUGGACAGCUAUAACGAAGUCAAUGCAGUCAUGAAUCUGGUGCUGUUUGAAGACGCGGUGGCUCACAUUUGUAGAAUCAACCGCAUCCUGGAGUCUCCCCGGGGCAACGCCCUGCUGGUGGGGGUGGGUGGCAGUGGCAAGCAGAGCCUCUCCCGCCUGGCAGCAUACAUCAGCGGCUUGGACGUGUUCCAGAUCACCCUCAAGAAGGGCUACGGGAUUCCAGACCUCAAGCUGGACCUGGCUGCGCAGUACAUCAAGGCUGCGGUGAAGAACGUGCCCUCGGUGUUCCUGAUGACCGACUCCCAGGUGGCCGAGGAGCAGUUCCUGGUGCUGAUCAACGACCUGCUGGCGUCCGGCGAGAUCCCCGGGCUGUUCGUGGACGACGAGGUGGAGAACAUCAUUUCCUCCAUGCGGCCCCAGGUGAAGUCCCUCGGCCUGACCGACACGCGGGAAACCUGCUGGAAAUUCUUCAUUGAAAAAGUGUGCAGGCAGCUCAAGGUGAUCCUGUGCUUCUCCCCCGUGGGCUCCAUUCUGCGGGUGCGAGCCAGAAAAUUCCCUGCUGUGGUCAACUGCACGGCCAUCGACUGGUUCCACGAGUGGCCUGAGGACGCCCUGGUGUCCGUCAGUGCUCGCUUCCUGGAGGAAACCGAGGGGAUUCCGCCGGAAGUCCAGUCCUCCAUCAGUCUCUUCAUGGCCUACGUGCACACGACCGUCAACGACCUGUCCAAGGUGUACCUGUCCACGGAGAGGCGCUACAACUACACCACUCCGAAGACCUUCCUGGAGCAGAUCAAACUGUACCAGAACCUGCUGGCCAAGAAGAGGAUGGAGCUGGUGGCCAAAAUUGAGAGGCUGGAGAACGGCCUGAUGAAGCUGCAGAGCACUGCUUCUCAGGUGGAUGACUUAAAAGCCAAGCUGGCGGUCCAAGAGGCUGAGCUCAAGCAGAAAAACGAGAAUGCGGACAAGCUGAUCCAAGUGGUUGGGGUGGAAACUGAGAAGGUCAGCAAAGAGAAGGCCAUCGCCGAUGAGGAGGAAAUCAAGGUCGAAGUCAUCAACAAGAAUGUCACUGAGAAACAGAAGGCUUGUGAAACGGACUUGGCCAAGGCAGAACCGGCACUGCUGGCGGCACAGGAAGCUCUCGACACUCUGAACAAGAACAACCUGACAGAGCUGAAGUCCUUUGGGUCCCCUCCCGAUGCCGUGGUCAACGUCACCGCCGCCGUGAUGAUCCUGACGGCGCCUGGGGGCAAGAUCCCGAAGGACAAGAGUUGGAAGGCAGCGAAGAUCAUGAUGGGCAAAGUGGACACCUUCCUGGACUCCUUGAAGAGGUUUGACAAGGAGCACAUUCCGGAAGCCUGUCUGAAGGCAUUUAAGCCCUACCAAGGCAACCCCACGUUCGACCCUGAGUUCAUCCGCUCCAAGUCCACAGCCGCCGCGGGGCUCUGCUCCUGGUGCAUCAACAUCGUCCGCUUCUACGAGGUCUACUGCGACGUGGCUCCCAAGAGGCAGGCCCUGGAGGAGGCCAACGCGGAGCUGGCAGAGGCGCAGGACAAGCUGUCUCGGAUCAAGAACAAGAUUGCUGAACUCAAUGCCAACCUGAACAACCUAACGUCAGCAUUUGAAAAGGCAACAGCUGAGAAGAUCAAGUGCCAACAGGAGGCCGACUCCACGAAUCGGGUCAUCUCCCUGGCCAACAGGCUGGUGGGCGGAUUGGCCUCGGAGAACGUCCGCUGGGCCGAAUCGGUGGAGAACUUCAAGAGCCAGGGGGUCACUCUGUGUGGGGACGUCCUGCUGAUCUCCGCCUUCGUCUCCUACGUGGGCUACUUCACCAAGAAAUACCGAAACGAGCUGAUGGAAAAAUUUUGGAUCCCUUAUAUAAAUCAACUGAAGGUCCCCAUCCCGAUCACGGAAGGCCUGGACCCCCUGAGCCUGCUGACCGACGACGCCGACGUGGCCACUUGGAACAACCAGGGCCUCCCCAGCGACCGCAUGUCCACCGAGAACGCCACCAUCCUGUGCAGCACAGAGCGCUGGCCCCUCAUCGUGGACGCACAGCUUCAGGGAAUCAAGUGGAUCAAAAACAAAUACGGCAGUGAGCUGAAAGCCAUCCGCCUGGGGCAGAAGAGCUACCUGGACAUCAUCGAGCAGGCCAUCACAGAGGGAGACAUUUUACUCAUUGAGAAUAUUGGUGAAACUGUGGAUCCCGUCCUGGAUCCUUUGCUGGGCAGGAACACGAUUAAAAAGGGCAGAUUCAUUAAGAUUGGCGACAAGGAGGUGGAGUACCACCCCAACUUCCGACUGAUCCUGCACACCAAGUUAUUCAACCCCCACUACAAGCCUGAGAUGCAGGCCCAGUGCACCCUCAUCAACUUCCUGGUCACCAGGGAUGGACUCGAGGACCAGCUCUUGGCUGCCGUGGUGGCCAAAGAGCGCCCAGAUCUGGAGCAGCUGAAGGCAAACCUCACCAAGUCUCAAAAUGAAUUUAAGAUUGUCCUGAAGGAGCUGGAAGAUUCCCUGCUGGCCCGUCUGUCCGCCGCAUCAGGAAACUUUCUGGGAGACACUGCCUUAGUAGAGAACCUGGAGACCACAAAGCAAACGGCCAGCGAGAUUGAGGAGAAGGUGCAAGAAGCAAAAAUCACAGAAGUUAAAAUCAACGAGGCAAGAGAAAACUACCGUCCGGCUGCAGAGAGGGCCUCGCUGCUGUACUUCAUAUUGAACGACCUCAACAAAAUCAACCCCAUCUACCAGUUCUCGCUCAAGGCCUUCAACGUGGUGUUCGAGAAAGCCAUCCAGCGGACACCCGCGGCCGACGAGGUCAAACAGCGCGUGGCCAACCUGACAGACGAGAUCACCUACUCGGUCUACAUGUACACAGCCCGGGGGCUCUUCGAGCGAGACAAGCUCAUCUUCCUGGCACAAGUCACCUUUCAGGUUCUCUCCAUGAAGAAGGAGCUGAACCCGCUGGAGCUGGAUUUCCUCCUGCGGUUCCCUUUCAAGGCCGGGGUCGUUUCUCCGGUGGACUUCCUGCUCCACCAAGGAUGGGGCGGGAUCAAGGCCCUCUCGGAAAUGGACGAGUUCAAACACCUGGACAGUGACAUCGAGGGAUCUGCCAAGCGGUGGAGGAAGCUGGUGGAGGCAGAAGCCCCGGAAAAGGAGAUCUUCCCCAAGGAGUGGAAGAACCGGACGGCGCUGCAGAAGCUCUGCAUGGUGCGCUGCAUGCGGCCCGACCGCAUGCCCUACGCCGUCAGGAACUUCGUGGAGGAGAAGAUGGGGAGCAAGUUCGUGGAAGGCCGGAGCGUGGAGUUUUCCAAGUCCUACGAGGAAAGCAGCCCCUCCACGCCAAUCUUCUUCAUCCUUUCCCCAGGGGUGGACCCCCUGAAAGACGUGGAAGCCCUGGGGAAAAAACUGGGUUUUACAAUAGACAAUGGGAAACUCCACAAUGUGUCUCUGGGGCAAGGACAAGAGGUGGUGGCCGAGAACGCCCUGGAUGUGGCAGCCGAGCAAGGGCACUGGGUCAUCCUGCAGAACAUCCACCUCGUGGCGCGGUGGCUGAGCACCCUGGACAAGAAGGUGGAGCGGUACAGCACGGGCAGCCACGAGGGGUACCGCGUGUUCAUCAGCGCCGAGCCGGCGCCCAGCCCCGAGUCCCACAUCAUCCCCCAGGGCAUCCUGGAAAACGCCAUCAAAAUCACCAACGAGCCGCCCACGGGGAUGCUCGCCAACCUGCACAAGGCCUUGGACCUCUUCACCCAGGACACCCUGGAGAUGUGCACCAAGGAAGUCGAGUUCAAGAGCAUCCUCUUUGCUCUGUGCUACUUCCACGCCGUGGUGGCUGAGAGGCGCAAAUUUGGAGCCCAGGGCUGGAACAGGUCGUACCCCUUCAACAACGGAGACCUGACCAUCUCCAUCAACGUGCUCUACAACUACCUGGAGGCGAACACCAAGGUCCCGUGGGAUGACCUCCGCUACCUUUUCGGGGAGAUCAUGUAUGGCGGGCACAUCACAGACGACUGGGACCGCCGGCUCUGCCGGACAUACCUGGCGGAGUACAUCCGGGGGGAGAUGCUGGAGGGCGAGGUCCCGCUGGCCCCGGGCUUUCAGAUCCCCCCCAACCUGGACUACAAGGGUUACCAUGAAUACAUCGACGAGAACCUGCCCCCCGAGAGUCCCUAUCUCUAUGGCCUGCACCCCAAUGCAGAGAUUGGCUUUUUGACAGUCACCUCCGAGAAGCUGUUCCGCACCGUCCUGGAAAUGCAGCCCAAGGAGACCGACUCCGGAGCCGGCACAGGCGUGUCCCGCAAGGAAAAGGUGAAGGCUGUGCUGGAUGACAUCCUCGAGAAGAUCCCGGAGACGUUCAACAUGGCCGAGAUCAUGGCGAAGGCCGCUGAAAAGACGCCCUACGUGGUCGUCGCCUUUCAGGAAUGUGAAAGGAUGAACAUCCUGACCAACGAGAUGCGCCGUUCGCUGAAGGAGCUGAAUCUGGGGCUGAAGGGGGAGCUGACCAUCACCACUGACAUGGAGGACCUGUCCACAGCCCUGUUCUACGACACCGUGCCUGACUCGUGGGUGGCCCGGGCCUACCCCUCCAUGAUGGGCCUGGCAGCCUGGUACACCGACCUGCUGCUCCGCAUCAGGGAACUCGAGGCCUGGACCACGGACUUCGCCCUGCCCACGACCGUGUGGCUGGCUGGCUUCUUCAACCCCCAAUCCUUCCUCACCGCCAUCAUGCAGUCCAUGGCCAGGAAGAAUGAGUGGCCCCUGGACAAGAUGUGUCUGUCGGUGGAAGUGACCAAGAAAAACCGGGAGGACAUGAUGGCUCCGCCCCGGGAGGGCUCCUACGUGUACGGGCUCUUCAUGGAAGGAGCCCGCUGGGACAUGCAGACGGGAGUCAUUGCUGAGGCACGGCUGAAGGAGCUGACGCCGGCCAUGCCCGUCAUCUUCAUCAAGGCCAUCCCUGUGGAUCGCAUGGAGACCAAGAACGUGUAUGAGUGCCCCGUCUACAAGACCCGCAUCCGCGGGCCCACCUACGUCUGGACCUUCAACCUGAGGACCAAGGAGAAGGCAGCCAAGUGGGUGCUGGCGGGCGUGGCGCUGCUCCUGCAGGUCUAGCUCCCCUGGGCCCAUCUCCAACUUCCAGUUGGAAGCUCGGCCCGGCUCUGGUCUCUGGUGGGUCACCUUUCAUCCUCCCCGAUAAUUGAGUCACUUUAUGCCAAAGCAUACUGGGACUAUCCAGGGGGCAGUGGGCGGCACAGGAGGGCAGCAGAUUAAAACAAUGGCAGGCGUUUCGUUACGUCCCUCUGACUGCACGUGCCUCUGCCUUCACUCUGCGUCCGAUGGCCACCGUGGGGCCCGAACAGGCUUGGCAGUGAGGACUCAACCCUCAAAGCCUGGCUUCCCAGAAGGUUGGGCCGGGUUACCCUUGGGCUGAGGCUACACACAAAUGAUGCCCCAACGAGGGCAAAGAAACAGAAGCUGCCGCCUCCACAGAAUCCUAAGGCAGGUUCCCUCCUCCAAGGACAAAAGAACCUUUCUUAAUCCCCCCAGGCCCACUCGAAUUUUGAAGAGCGACCCUACCACAGACCCUCCCGCAUAGGGGCUACUUCUGGGGCGGCACCUCCCUCACCCACUGCCCCCCACAGCAGGACAUGUCCAAGAGCAUGACAUGAAGAGCGUGGGUCCAGGGACACCCCAAUGUGGGCUCAGGCCCCAGGAGUCUGGGGUGUCUUUAGCCAAGCCCACGGCCCCUGGGUCCUGCGGCAGCGGUCUCCCUUUCCUUUGUCCGCCUCCCCUACCCCAUGUCAGGUCACUUCCUACAGCCAUAGGGUU